AUGCAUAUACCACCCAGCCACCCCGUCGCUGCAGGCCCAGCGACAGCACUACAAAGCUUAAUACCCACAUCCACGUCCGUACCCUACGCCGCGCUAUCAUGGAUAUCGAAAGACGCCCACGGAGGCGGAGGAGGCGGCGGCGGAUACACAGAGAACUGGAGCAGUCUAAUCGGCAUCAUCACCGCCAUAAUAGGCAACGUGCUCAUCUCGUUCGCACUAAACAUGCAGCGAUACGCGCACAUACGGCUAGACCGCGAAUUCCACGAGAAAGAACGGCAGAGGAAGAGGCGGAAGGCGGGCAUGGACGAUGCGGGGAGAUUGGCAGAGGAGGUGCAGAAGAUGGGGUUGAGUCAUAGGAGGAGUGAGGGCAUGGUUGAGCAGCGGAGACGGAGAAGUAAUGGCGAGGAAGACGAUAUCUUCGAGGCGUCCGAGAACGAUCCGUUGAUACCACGGGAUACGAGACCGGCUGUGGGAAGAGAAGACAGUGCUGAGUCGGCCAAGCAGGAGGUGUUCAAGCAGACGUCGUAUCUCAAAUCGCCGUAUUGGUGGUUCGGCAUCAUCCUCAUGACAAUCGGCGAGGCGGGGAAUUUCCUCGCAUAUGGAUUCGCGCCUGCGUCUAUCGUUUCGCCCCUUGGUGUCGUUGCGCUUAUCUCGAAUUGUAUCAUCGCGCCGUUUAUGCUCAAGGAGCCUUUUCGCAAGAGAGACGCCCUGGGUGUUGUUAUUGCUGUUGGGGGCGCGGUUACUGUUGUGCUUUCGGCGAAUGACAAUAAUCCCAAGUUGGGCCCGGGAGAGAUCUGGGAUUUGAUCAGAAGGUGGGAAUUUGAGACGUAUCUAGGGAUUACGGUGGGGGUUAUUGCGUGCUUGAUGGUGGCGAGUAAUCGGUAUGGGGAGAAGAAUAUCUUGAUUGAUUUGGGACUUGUGGGGUUGUUUGGCGGAUACACAGCGUUGUCUACCAAAGGCGUUGCUUCGCUACUUUCAUACACGCUUUGGCGCGCCAUCACCUUCCCCGUUUUCUAUCUCCUGGUAGCCAUCCUCGUCGGCACAGCAGUAAUGCAGAUCAAAUACGUCAACCGAGCUCUCCAGCGCUUCGACGCGACGCAGGUCAUCCCCGUCCAGUUCGUCCUCUUCACACUUGCCGUCAUCGGCGGAUCUGCAGUCCUCUACCGCGACUUCGAACGAACCUCAGGAGAAGACGCUGGGAAAUUCGUCGGCGGAUGCGCCUUGACUUUCUUCGGCGUCUGGCUCAUCACCAGCGGCCGUCCAUCAAACCAUGAGGACUCAGAUUCCGACCACGACCCAGAGCCCGAAGACGCCAUCCACCUCGCCGGCGAAACCUACACAGACGCCAUCAACGAGCCCAGCGAAGAGGUCGCUGGAAGUACACGCCGUUCCUCAACCACACGGGCACUCUCCCCACCCGCAUCCGUCCAACGCCGCUACCACGACGAAACCGAAGAAGACACACGCCCCUCAACCCCAAACAUAACAUUCACCCCCACCGACCCCUCCACCCCACCAAACCCCACCCGCCCCGCCACCGCCGACAUAAUCUCCUCCCUCGUCGCAAACCCCUGGUCCCACCCCAACGAACCCACCCACCGCACCCCACCCCUAAACCGGCACACAUCCACCCCCGUCCUCCCCUCUGAAGCCGCACCCGCACCCUUAGUCUCAGUCUCCGACACCCAUCUCCCCCCACCUAGCACGCCUACGCGGGGCAAAUCGUCGAAUGAAGUCCCCACGACGCCGGGAUCGGGAUUUGAAACGGGGGGGUAG